AUGACAUGGCCGCUUCGUGGAGACCCUCGUCGAUACAGCACAUUUCCGCCAUACGCCGAGGGCAAUCCGAUCAUCGGCUUUGGGCCAAAUAUCAUUGGCCCACUGCAAACAAAUGUUCCGACUGUCUUGAGGGAUGGUUCCAAAGAUGCACCCAUCUUUGCUCAAUCUGCAGGUGACGCGGUUGACCAAGCAUGGCAGGCUAUAGGCACAGACAUGAGAAACAUUGUGAUCCAAGACAAGGAUGUGAUCCCGGGGUUGGACCUGAACAAAAGCCACGUGCAGGUGGCCAAGCAUUAUGGUGGGGGCUAUGUGUUGGAACUGGAGGCUUUUCGCAACAUCCACUGCCUGAAUGUCCUUCGCCAGUCUCUGUACUUCAACGCAAGGCAUUAUCACAAGGCUAUCGCUGGCUCCCAAUCACAAAUGGAGGUGCGAGAGGAACUAAUGUGCCUAGCCGACGGCAGUGCGCAUGGCUUUGUCUGGGUGGACCACACAAGCAAACGCAUAGCUCCGGACGUCAACAGCAAUCAUAGAGUUUGCCAUGACUUUGACAUGAUUCGGCUGUGGGCAGAGUCCCGACAGGUACCCGCAACGUUGCCGGAGGACUAUUACCGGCCCGCCACAGCGGAAAUCUGA